AUGGUGCAGAAAACACGAACAGAGUUAUAAGAGCAUAUUUUCAGCUAACUGCUAGCAUCCAUGAGAUGUUUUCUAGUGGAACAUUUCUGAUACGAUGGAGAUUCUGCUUCUGAAGGGACUAUUCUUGGUGCUGGCCAGCUGCUUCAUAGGCCUCUUCUGCUAUCAACACCCACUUGUCUCCGUGAGUGGGAAAAGAUCAGGCUACAAAAAACCCAAUUUCAUAAUAAUUUUAGCAGAUGAUAUUGGAUGGGGAGAUCUUGGGGCCAACUGGAACUUGAGAAAAGACACACCUCACCUGGAUAAGAUAGCAACGGAAGGCAUGAGAUUUCUCGAUUUCCAUUCAGCGGCAUCCACCUGUUCCCCAUCACGAGCCUCUCUGCUUACAGGGCGCCUUGGCCUUCGCAAUGGAGUGACGCACAAUUUUGCUGUCACCUCGGUGGCUGGCCUCCCGUUGAACGAGACAACCUUGGGAGAUGUUCUGAAGGAAGCUGGCUACCUCACUGCUGCGAUAGGGAAAUGGCACUUGGGACACAACGGCCCUUAUCACCCCAACUUUCGUGGUUUUGAUUACUACCUGGGGAUACCCUAUAGCCAUGAUAUGGGCUGCACUGACACACUGGGCUAUAACCUCCCUCCUUGCCCAGCUUGCCCCCGGCACUCUGCAGCAAUAAGGAAACACCAGAAAGACUGUUAUCCUGAAAUAGCACUACCUCUUUUUGAAAACCUCACAAUUGUCCAACAGCCUGUGAACCUAACCAGCCUGGCUGCAAAAUACACAGAGAAGGCGAUUCAGUUCAUUCAGUAUGCAAGCCGGAUUGGAUUCCCGUUCUUCCUAUAUAUCGCCCUGGCUCAUAUGCAUGUUCCUUUGACGUUGGCUGAGCCAACAUGGGACCUGCCUGGACAAGAUCCAUACGGAGCAAACCUGAGGCAGAUGGAUGCCCUGGUGGGACGAAUAAAAGACGAAGUUGACAGCACCGCAAAGGAAAACACACUCCUCUGGUUCACAGGAGAUAACGGGCCUUGGGCUGAGAAGUGCGAGUAUGCGGGCAGUGUCGGCCCCUACACGGGGAGAUGGCAAACAAGAAGAGAUGGGAGCUCAGCAAAGCAAACGACCUGGGAAGGGGGUCACCGUGUUCCCACGCUUGCCUACUGGGCAGGGAAGAUCCCGGCAAAUGCCACGAGCCCUGUGAUGUUGAGCACUUUAGAUAUAUUCCCUACCUUGGUGUCUCUGGCAAAUGCAAGCCUCCCUCCCAACAGACAGUUUGAUGGUAUGGAUGUGUCUGAGGUCCUCUUCGGGCGGUCGAACAAAGGACACCAGACGUUGUUCCAUCCCAACAGUGGGGCAGCUGGAAAAUAUGGAGAGAUACAAGCUCUUCGGGUGGACCAGUACAAGGCAUUUUAUCUCACAGGUGGUGCCAAGGCCUGUGAUGGGAGCAUUGGGAAAGAACGGCGCCAUCAGCCACCUCUCAUUUUUAACUUACAGUAUGACAUCCAAGAGGAGGCACCACUGGACACUGAGACAGCCGAGUACCGUACUGUCCUGCCAGUGGCAAACAAGGCUCUCCUGGACAUUCUUUGGAAUAUUGCAGCAGACAAUGUCUCUACAGCGGACUACUCUCAUGACCCAGCUGUGACACCCUGCUGCAACCCACAGCAUUUGGUCUGCCGAUGCCAGUUGGCUUAUUCCAACUCAUCCCAGAGAUGCUGAGCUGAUACGGAAAGUGAAGCCUGCAAGACUCAAGGCAGGAGGGUCCACAACAUGGGAAGCAAUUCUCAUUGUGGAUCUCCAGACACGAUUCUCUGAAAAUAGCAACUGAGGCAUGGUGUACAGUAGAAAGAAAAAGGGAUUCUAUUUGCAAGCAGAUGCGGCAGUUCCGUUGGUAAAACUUAAUCAAGGCUGACAUCUUUAGGGCUCCGUUCAAAACAACAAGACAGAAUGCAGGACGACAGCUGCUGCUGCUGACACGAUGGUGACUUUAUUAACAGGCUGGAUCUACCUCAAGAACCCAUUGAUGGAAGAGCAGCUCCAUCACUAGCACGACUGUUGCCCAGCCAGCACUUGCUCACUGCACCUGCCCAUUUCCCCUUAGGUAAUGCUUCUACCUGCACCACCAUUUUAUACUGCUGCCUGCCCUGCAGGUCUUUUCCGCCCCACCUGGCCCAACAUGCAAAUAGCAAAGCUGGGGGGCUAAACAUCUUGCUGGUAUGGUAAAGCUACCAGCAAUAGGACCGGGUUGGGGAGGAAUGGGGGCACGGGCUGCAGUUGCCCAGAACCCACAAAAAGCCAAAGCCAACGAGUCAGUUUUAUCAUUUUCGUUUUGGUCACUUAAUCCAAACACACAUUCAAAGGACCUAACGGAUGCCCUUAAACAUGCUUCUUUCUGACAUUCAAAGGAUUCCUCCCACCACUUCCAUCUUGAAGGCAUUGCUGAAGCUGUGAAAGCAGAAAUCCAGACUUGAAUUCUGAGCGUGCCCUCCUCUUGGGAAGACAAGGGGGUUUGGGUGGGAAUCAAUUAAAUGGUCUGGAAGCAUCUGCAGCUGUAGCACUGCUGAACCUCCGCAGGAAUGGACCUGCUCAGUCAAUUCCCUGGGCCUGGGA